AUCUUUUCAAGGACAAGGUUGUGUUGGAUAUUGGGUGUGGCACUUGUAUUCUGUCAAUGUUUGCCGCUAAAGCCGGUGCAUCCAAAGGUAUGCUCGACUCUUUGAUUGUUGCGCGUGACCGCUUACUUGCACCUGACGGAAUUAUUGCGCCUAGUCAUUGUCGUCUUUUAUUCGCUGCUAUUGAAGAUGAUGAACUUUUUAACGAUACUUUUAAUUUUUGGAAUGAUGUUUAUG